CAGUCGCCGUUGGAGACACACGCAUUCAGUGACGUCAUAUACACGUUUUCUGCGUUCAUACGUUAUAGCGUCUUUGGGGAAAAUUAGCAAAACCAGCGUUCAACGCUUCAGUGUUUAGAUUUCAGUGAUCAGGAAGACGUCGGAAAAAGUGUCUUUUAAGGAAAAAACCGACUUCGAGAAUGGAAUCACAUGAGAAGAUGGCCAAGAUCGCGGCUGAACCCCGGGAUCUUGUCAAUGUGACCUUGGAAUUGGAAAAUACUAAAAUAAAUGGCGUCACACGAAGAAACAGACAGCUCAAAGAUCUUGACGAUCUCUUCCCAUACAUUGGAGACUUUGGCUGGUACCAACGGAUGCUGUUCCUUCUCAUGAUACCAUACGCAUUCUUCUUCGCUUUCGUUUACUUCUCCCAGAUCUUCAUGACCGUCGUUCCAGCUGAGUAUUGGUGCUUUGUGCAGGAGUUGGAGCACUUGAGUGUCGACGAACGGCGACAUCUAUCCAUCCCGCAAGCCGCUGAUAGUAAAUACGAGAAGUGUCUCGUCUACGAUGUAGACUGGUCGAAAGUUCUCGAAGGCGGCAGUUUGAUACCAAACACAACAUGGCCGACGAAAAAAUGCCAGGAUAAAUGGGAAUUUAAUUUCACUGACGUGCCUUACGAAACCAUCGCUACUCAGCUUGGUUGGGUGUGUGAUAAGGAUGAAUACCCAGCGACAGCGCAAGCAGUUUUCUUCUGCGGGGCGAUAGUUGGUGGACUAAUUUUUGGAUGGAUAGCUGACAAAUUUGGAAGAAUACCCGCUAUAGUAGGAACGAAUUUGGCCGGCUUUCUCGCUGGUGUGGGCACUGCGUUCGCCAACAGCUUCUGGUCAUUCUGUCUGUGCCGGUUCCUCGUGGGUCUGGCGUACGACAACUGCUUCGUGAUCAUGUACAUCGUUGUGAUAGAGUACGUCGGUCCAAAAUGGCGGACAUUUGUCGCGAAUAUGUCUAUAGCCGUUUACUUCACGUUCGCCGCCUGUCUUCUGCCCUGGAUCGCUCUGGGGGUGUCUGAUUGGAAGAUAUACACCCUGAUAACCAGCGUACCUCUGGUGUUGUCGAUAUUCACCCCAUGUUUGGUUCCGGAGAGCGCAAGAUGGCUGAUAGCUCAAGGUCGAAUAGAUGAAGCUUUGAAGAUCUUGAAGAAAUGCGAACGAAUGAACAGAAAGAAGAUUCCUGAUGAGAUCAUUAAGGAGUUUAAAGAAACCGCACAAGAGAUAGCGAGAGUGGAGCAAGAGAACGCGAAGUACACCGUGCUGGACCUGUUCCGCUCGCCGCGCCUGCGCCGCCGCAGCACUCUGCUGGUGGUGCUGUGGAUGUGUGUGUCGCUCGUGUUCGACGGCCACGUGCGCAACGUGGGCGCGCUCGGCCUCGACGUGUUCCUCACGUUCACCGUCGCCACCGCCACCGAGUUCCCGGCAGACAUCCUGCUCGUGUUGACAUUGGACGUGAUCGGGAGACGUUGGCUCGCAUUUGGAUCGAUGGUAAUUAGUGGACUGUUCAGCAUCCUCGCUACCACCGUUCCGUUCGGGCUCCCGUCUGCAUCACUCGCCAUUGUGGGCCGGUUUGCGGUGAACAUCUCGUACAACAUCGGCAUGCAGUUCGCGGCAGAGCUGCUACCGACGGUGCUCCGCGCACAGGGCCUCGCGCUCAUCCACAUCGCGGGAUACUUCGCCACCAUCCUCGUGCCGUACAUAGUGUACUCGGCGACGCUGUGGUCGGCGCUGCCGCUGCUGCUGCUGGGCGCGAUGGGGGUGUGCGGCGGCUGCGUGGCGCUGCUAUUGCCGGAGUCGCUCGGGGCAGACAUGCCGCAGUCCGUGCGCGACGCAGAGGACUUCGGUCGGGAACAGAAAUUCUGGGACGGACCUUGGAACAGAAAGGUGAGCGACUCGAACAAGGAGACAUGUAAAGUGUGAUAAAUGUAUAUAGAAUAUUAUAUAUCUAAAAUACAUAAUACAGUAUUAAACCCUAUAUAGAAAUAAAUAAA